AUGGUCAACCGCCACGUCUCGCUCUCCCCUCGCAACUCGCGCCACUCCCACUCAGGCUUUGUCCCUCUUGGUGGAAGCAACAGCAACAACGCGAACGAUAUGGAAGGCAUCCAGCUCACCACGGUCAGGAGCAAUGUCUCUGCCCGCAGCGGCCUUCGAAGAGCCGAUAUGGGAUCGCCCAUGAGCCCCGAAGACAGCUCCUCUCCCACCGAAAAAGAGAACCUCAAUUCAUCCCAUGGACACCGCGGACGUCGACGAAGAAUGGGCGAGGGUCUCGCCCGUACUGGUACCGGAGGAGACGAUGCCUCAUUGAACGCAAUGGGCAGACUGUACAACAAGAUCAUUAACUUCUCUGUUGUCACUCGAUAUCUUGUAUACGUCGUUCCCGUUGGUCUUCUCCUGGCCAUUCCUCUGAUUGUCAUGUCUGCUAUUGGCAAGAAGGACGCCCUCCCUAUCGGCAAAUUCAAUAAUGAUGGAGACCGAGCCGGCGAUGACGGCCCUCCUCUCUUCAAGAUCUUCCUCUGGGUUCUCAUCAUGUGGUUGUCUUGCUGGGCUGCCAAGGUAGUUGCAUGGUUCUUGCCAUCCAUCUUCAUGUUCUUUACUGGAGUCGUCAGCAAGGGCACUCGCAAGUACGCAACUGUUCUUGGAAACCUCAUUCUCCCAUUCUCCUUCUUCUUCUGGGCCCUGGCUUCGUACGUCACCUUCAAGAACUUGUGGCAAGAUGAGGAUAGAAGCAAGACUUAUGUCCCCUGGGUCCGUACCAUGGGUCGUGUCUUGGGAGCUCUCUUCGUCUCGUCCGCCGUCUUCCUUGGUGAGAAGGCAAUUGUGCAGCUCAUUGGUAUUUCGUACCACCAGCGUUCAUUCGCCAAUCGUAUCAAGGAGUCCAAGCGAGAGGUUCAUCUCCUCGGUCUUCUCUUUGAUGCCUCUCGCACUCUCUUCCCCCUGCACUGCCAAGAAUUCUCUGAUGAAGACGCCAUCAUCAACGAUAGCAUUGAGGUGAUGCUUCGUGGUAAGAAGGGUCACAAGCGAAAUGGCUCUGCCACUCCCAUGAAGCUCAUCGGAGAAGUUGGCAAGGUUGGAGACAAGGUCGCUUCCGUCUUCGGCAAUCUCGCCUCUGAGAUCGCUGGUAAGCAAGUCUUCAACCCCAACUCGGCCCAUUCCAUCGUUAUCGAAGCUCUUGAGAAGAACAAGUCAUCUGAGGCCAUGGGUCGCCGUAUCUGGAUGUCCUAUGUUGUCGAGGGUCACGAGUCACUCACUCUGGACGAUUUCCAGGAAGUUCUUGGACCCGCUUACAAGGAUGAGGCUGAGGAGGCAUUCUUCAUGAUCGAUGGCGACGAUAACGGUGACAUCAGUCUCGACGAGAUGGUUAGAAAAACGGUUGAGAUCGGUACCGAGCGAAAGGCCAUCGCUGAAGGCAUGAAGGAUAUUGGUCAAGCUCUUCAGGCUUUCGAUAAGAUCCUUCUUGUCGUUGUUCUACUGGUUGUCAUCUUUGUUUUCCUUGCCUUCUUCCAGAGCAGUUUCAUUGCGACCCUUACCACUGCCGGAACCACCCUUCUCUCACUCUCCUUCAUCUUCGCGGUUACUGCCCAGGAGUUCCUCGGUUCUUGUAUCUUCCUGUUCGUCAAGCACCCUUACGAUGUUGGUGACCGUGUCGAUAUUACCAGCACCAAGAUGGUUGUCAACAAGAUCUCUCUCUUGUACUCCGUCUUCCACCGCCUUGAUACCAUGCAGACCGUCCAGAUCCCCAACAUUCAACUCAACAACAUGUGGAUUGAGAACAUCUCUCGUAGCAGAUCCAUGCACGAGACCGUCGAAGUCAACGUUUCAUUUGACACAUCUUUCGAGGAUAUUGAGCUGCUCCGCCUUGAGAUGGAGAAGUUUGUCCGUAUGCCCGAGAACGCCCGCGACUUCCAGCCCGAUCUUAGCAUCAGCGUCGGUGGUGUCGGUAACCUCGACAAACUUCUGCUCUAUGUUACUAUCGCUCACAAGUCCAACUGGCACAAUGACUCUGUCCGUUCCAGCCGUCGCUCCAAGUUCAUGUGUGCCCUGGCUCUGGCCCUGAAGAAGGUUCCUCUUAUUGCCCCUGGUGGUGGUGGUGAGACUCUUGGUGGACCCACCAACCCUACAUACUCAGUUUCUGUCACCGACGAAUUUGCCAAGAAGAGCCGUGAUGAUGCCGCCAAGGCUACCGAUGAAGCUCGCCUGGUGCCGACUUCAAAGCAGGGGAAUACUGCUGAGGCCGAGGCGGCAGCCGCUGAAGGCUUUAACUCGCGCCCUCCCGCUGCUGGCCUUGGUGUCUGGGAUAAUAGUGAUAAUCACACACUGGAUGGCCACGAGGACAUGCACCGUAGUAGAGAUAUUGAGACCUUGCGUACGGAUCUCAAGCGUGAGAGCACUCGCGGUCGCCGCAAGGCCGGCGAAGCUGUUCCUUCACUGUCACUCGAGACAGCUCCUCGGGCUAGCAUCCAAUUGACGCAAGCAAGUCCUCGCAGCGCCAGCCAUGGCCCCUUCGAUGAGGAGGCCGAGACUGGUAUGGGCUCGACACCCUACCACUCCAACCUCGCUCCUGGAUCCUCACAGCAGGGCUCUCAAGGUUACCAACCUUAUGCCAGCAGCAGCAACCAAUACAACACCGCCCAUCCUAUGCAACGACCCGGCCAGGGACCAUCUGGACCACCUCCUCAAGGGCCACCUCCCGCUCCCCAGCGCUAG